GCUGGAGAGCAGAACACAUUCACACACACACACACACACACACACACACACACACACACACACACACACACUCGUGUGCUUGUCUCUGCCUCCUCUCCGUCUCUCCUCCACUUUAAUCUAACAUUUAAACUCGUUUUCUUCCUGAACAGAUGGAUUUGAAGACGAGGAUUCACCUGGAGCUCAGAAACAGGACGGCGUCUGACGUGUGUGAGUUGGUGCUGGAUAACUGUCGUUCUGAUGAGGGGAAGAUUGAGGGUCUGACGUCUGAGCUUUUGAAUCUGGAGUAUCUCAGUCUAAUUAACGUGGGUCUGACAUCAAUAUCCAACCUUCCAAAACUGCACAAACUCAAGAAGUUCGAGCUGAGUGAUAACUGGAUCUCAGGAGGUCUGGAGAUUCUAGCAGAGAAAGUGCCCAACCUCACAUAUCUCAACCUGAGCAGCAACAAACUGAUGGACCUGCGCAUGCUGGAGCCGCUGAGGGAUCUGCCCCAUCUGAAGAGUUUGGACCUUUUUAACUGUGAGGUCACGACCCUGGAUGAUUACAGGGUGAGUGUGUUUAAGCUCCUUCCCCAGAUUACCUACCUGGAUGGUUAUGACCUAGAGGACCAAGAGGAGAGUGAUGAGGAUGCAGAGGGAGGUGAUGAGGAUGAGGAUGAAGUGAAUUCGUCGGAGGAGGAUGAAGAUGAGGAUGAAGAGGAUGAUGAGGCAAGUGGAGAGGAGGUAAAGCUUUAUUCACCUCUGACACAUACAUGUGAGCACACACACUCAUUGUCUCACUUUUGCUUGGUAUUUCUGUUGCUCUUUCAGGAGGAAGACUCUGGUCAGGAGGAGGAGGAGGUUGAUGAGGAGGAGGUUGAUGAGGAGGAGGAAGGUCAGGUCAGGUCAGGUAUAGUUGUUUCCACACACACCCCUGUGCUCUCUCACUCACACAUACUGAUGUUUGUUUGUUUGCAGAUGAAGAUGAGUGUAAAGGUGAAAAGAGGAAACGAGACUGAGGAAGAUGAAGAUAAUUUAGUUUGUGGUUUUUCUGUGAUGCAUUGUUGAUCAAACAGGUGUUAUUUUUUAAAUCCCACUGUCUUUUAUACUCGUCCAUUUUGUUUGGCUUUGUAAAUAAAAAAUGUGUUUUCUAAUUGACCCUGUGUGUGCAGACCCUGUGUGUGUGUGUGUGUGUGUGUGUGUGUGUAGACCCUGUGUGUACGUGUUCCACUCACCAUCUCAGACUUGCAGCUUGCUUUUAAAUGAAAUAAGAUGAGAAUUUUCAGACUAAACAGAUAAAACUCCACAAGAACAAAUUGGAAACCGAUAAGUGACAUUUAAUGUGUUGUCAUUAAUAAACAGAUGUACAGAGAACAAAAGGCCACCAGGUCCUGAGGAACAGGGAACAUGAGGUAGUGUUUGUGUGACCACACCACAGUAAGGGCUUCACUCGUCUCCAUCCACAAGCAAAACAAGGAGGUCAGAAUUGUGAUACGUUUAGACUUGUGUUAAUGUCUGCAACGAGUUUGUUCCUGGAACAUGUCCCUGUGAACCAGCUGUUACUAUGGAAACAACAAGGUGUGUGUUAUAUCUGCUCUUUAACGCACACUUAACACAAACGGUCAAGAGCUAUUUGUUCUUUACACCAAAAAGAAAUGUGAUGAUAACUUAGUAAUAUAUAUAGUAUUGUAUAGUAAUAAACAUUUAGCCUUGAAUGAUUGGUGCUUAUUUUACUGCACACACGCACACACACACACACACACACACACACACACACACACACACACACACACACACACACAGGGACUGUAGAUAAGAGUGUGAGUUUAUUAUAAAACUGUACUCUACACACGGCUGAAACACAAACCCAUACAAAAAUAAACACAUCACAAUCUCUGUGACUUAUUGCUUAGGCUGGUCUCUCUAACGCUAACACACCAUCACACACACACACACACACACACACACACACACACACACACACACACACACACACA